AUGGACAGUGUUCUUGUUUUCCACGUAUUACUUGCUUCGGCGUCCUAUCUAUUUGCUCCCAUCGAUGCAUUUAAUGAUAAUUAUGAAGUCUACAUCAACACGAAGCAAUGUGUCCACAAAACUGACCAGAAAUUUCUUUCAAUCGCCCUGGAUUCGAGUCUGAUCAGAUAUCGUUGGGACCAUUUCAACUUCAGUUCAGAAAAGCUACAAAACCUUGCGAAAGGUCUGGCGCCAGCUUACCUACGAAUUGGCGGAACAGAUGAAGACUUCUUGUGGUUUAAUCCAGAUGAAACGUAUCGCAAGAAUCCGUCGCACGAUAAACGCACGGACUCGCAAAAAAUGUCACGUGAUCCACACAUUAAUCCUAAUACAAUGCCACGUGAUCAACGCAUGCAUCCUUUUACUAACUUCACAAUGACCACAAAGGACGUAGACAACCUUUUCACAUUUGCCAAAGAAAGUGGAUUGCGUAUAAUCUUUGGACUGAAUGUUCUCUUACGAGAUUCCAAAACGCAUCACUGGAACUCUACCAAUGCAGAACAAUUUAUGAAGUAUAUCACUGGUCGUGGCUUUACCUGUGAUUGGGAGCUUGGGAACGAGCCUUUUGAUAUACACGGCCUGAUAAACAGAACAAUAACCGGUAAAGAAUUGGCUUUUGAUUUUACAAUUCUUCGAAAACUUUUGAAUGCGCAUCCUGAAUAUGGUCAAAUGCUUGUUGGACCGGAUGUGUCGUCACCAUGGAGACCACCACUUAGGAAUAAGUAUUUGAAAGAAUUUUUAACCAACAUAGACGGAAGUAUAGAUGCCAUGACAUAUCAUCAAUAUUACACCAAUAACCAAGCAAAGGUAUCCGAGUUUUACAAUCCAGAUCUUUUAGACGACCUCAUUACAGAAAUGCAACAAGUACAAAGUAUUAUGCGAGAGUCUGGUGCGAGUUCCAUUGAUCCUUGGCUAGGAGAAACCUCUAGUGCGUAUGGAGGGGGAGUACCUGGUGUCUCAGACAGUUAUAUCGCUGGAUUCAUGUGGCUUGAUAAACUUGGUGUUGCUGCAAGAUUCAAGCAUAAUGUCGUUAUAAGACAGACAUUUUAUGGAGGAUCGUAUUCGUUGAUAAACCUGAAAACGUUGGACCCCUUCCCAGAUUACUGGUCAGCGUUCUUGUACAAAAAACUGGUCGGAUCUCGUGUGCUCGAAGUGCAUGAUGGUAUAUCGCUGGGUCGUACUAUCCGUGUCUAUGCUCAUUGUACAUCAGAGAAGUCGGGUUACGACGCUGGGAGUUUAGUUUUAAUCGCUCUCAACACACAACACAAUGAAAUACAGUUAGUAUUGACAAAUGGACUUGAAAAACUGCCGGUGCACCAAUAUUUGUUAACACCCGGGGAGAAUAAUAAUGUGACGUCACAGACCGUUAGAUUGAAUGGUGAUCUACUGCAAAUGGUUGAUGAUACAUUUUUACCAAAUGUUCAACCUAAAAUAAUAAUACCCCCAGAGAUCAUAAAAUUACCCGCAGUCUCCUAUGGUUUCUUUGUUAUCCCUAACGUUCAGGCGGAAGCAUGCCAAACGUCUUGCGAAAAAAUAACUUUGGAAAAAUUCGCGAAAGUUUAA